GUGAUGAUUUGCCUACUUGGAGUGUGGAUGAGUUUGGAGCGGGUUCUGUGAAUUGCCUUGCCAUUAUGUUGCCUGAAUGAUAAAGCAAUCAAUCGGCUAAGUGAGGACAUAACAGGCCACUAAGGACAAUGACCCAAAAAACACCUCCAAGCUGUGUAAGGGCUUUUUGUCCAAAAAGGAGAGUGACGGAGUGCUGCAUCAGAUCAUCUGGCCUCCACAAUCACCUGACCUCAACCCAUUUGAGAUGGUUUGGAAUGAGUUGGACCGCAGAGUGAAGGAAAAGCAACCAACAAGUGGAAACUCCUUCAAGACUGAUGGAAAAGCAUUCCUCGUGAAGCUGGUUGAGAGAAUGCCAAGAGUGUGCAAAGCUGUCAUUAAGGCAAAGGGUGGCUACUUUAAAGAAUCUAAAAUAAAGAUAUAUUUAUAUAUAUUUAUAUUACUCUUCUUCCGAAGAGGAGAGGCGAAAAGGAUCAGAGGACCAAUAUGCUGCGUGACUUAUAGACACACUGAAGGUGGGAUAGAACACACCUCAUGCGUGGGCUCAGAGAGGGUCCGAGGCUGUACGGAUCAUCUGACUAAGAUGGGUGUUCUCCAGCUCCACAACCCCACCCUCCCCGCCACGCUCCUGCACAGGGCCAAUCAUAUGCGUCUGUCGGGAACGCUGUGUGACGUAAUCAUCACGGUGGAUGGCCAGGAGUUCCCGGCCCACCGCACCGUCCUGGCCUGCACCAGCAAGAUGUUUGAGAUUUUAUUCCACCGCAGCAGCCUGCGCUACGCACUCGAUUUCCUCUCCCCCAAGACCUUCCAGCAGAUCCUGGAGUAUGCCUACACGGCCUCCCUGCAGGCCACGGCCGAGGACCUCGAUGACCUGCUGUACGCUGCUGAGAUCCUGGAGAUCGAGUACCUGGAGGAGCAGUGCCUCAAGGUCCUGGAGACCAUCCAGUCAGAGGAGAAGCAGGACCACCUGAGUCUGAGUGGGAGGAACCACGGGUCUGGAGAGAGUGAACAAAGCAGGGCAAGGCACUGGAGGAACAUGCUAAUCUCCAAGAAGCAUUCCAUGCAGGAGGGUGGUAUCAACCCCACCGCCCUGCACCACCUGGCACUGUACCACAUGACUGACAGGAGUCCCUCUGGGCCAGGGGGACUACCUAUGGGGCUCCCUGUAGCCAGCCCAACACAAGAUGGAGGGGUUAGUCUGGAGGGCCUGGGUCAGUCUCCACUGCAGUACAGCCUCAAUGGAGCCCAGGAGCCAUUCCUGCCUCUGGCUAAGAGGAUAAAGACAGAGGACAAUAACAUGCAGGUGGAUGAAGCCAAUGGCUACGAGGGCCGGUCCAACAGUGGAGGGGAGGGGGGCUGUGAGUCUGACCAGCCAAGAGAAGAGGGCCCGGGGACCCCCCAAAGAGGCAGUGUCAUCACAUCUGCUAGAGAGCAGCACUCGAGCCAAGAGGAGGGGGGCAUAGUGGGGAACAACUCUCCUCUGGACAGUUUCCCUGGGCUGGCUGAGAAACACCUGGCCUCCCUCUACUCCUCCAUGCCCUCCAACCACUUAGGGGAGUUGGGGCUGCCUAUGCCCAUGUCGGUGGCCCCUUCCCUGGCCAUGUCCCUGGACCUGAGGGCCUAUGGGGGGCUCCUGAACCAGGGCCUGCUCCACAGGGAGAUCCUCAGCAGGCUGGGACAGUUUGCAGCAGGGAUGAGGCGGGAGGGCCAGAGUCAGACUCAGAGCAGUGGGGACUGUGGUCUCCAGCUGCACGACAGAGAGGUCAUGGAGCAACACAGGAAGCUGCACAGUGAAGGAGAGAAGGAACACGGCUGUGAGUUUUGUGGCAAACACUUCAUGGACAGUGUACGGCUCAGGAUGCACAUGCUCUCUCACUCAGCUGGAGCUGAGGCCCUGGUGUGUGAUCAGUGUGGAGCUACAUUCUCUGCUGAAGAUGCUCUGGAGGCCCACAGACAGACACACACAGGGACAGACAUGGCAGUGUUCUGUCUGCUCUGUGCCAAGCGGUUCCAGACCCAGAAGGCUCUGCAGCAGCACAUGGAGGUUCAUGCAGGGAUGCACAGCUACAUCUGCAGCCACUGUGACCACCCCUUCCCCAGCCACACCACCCUCAAACGCCACCUGCGCUCACACACAGGUGACCACCCGUUUGAGUGCGAGUUCUGUGGGAGCUGUUUCCGGGACGAUGGCAUGUUGAGGGGACACAAACGUAUCCACACGGGAGAGAAGCCUUACGAGUGUAACGGCUGUGGCAAAAGGUUCAGCCUCAAGCAUCAGCUGGAGACCCACUACCGCGUGCACACAGGCGAGAAACCAUUUGAGUGCAAGAUCUGUCACCAGCGAUCCAGAGACUACUCUGCCAUGAUCAAGCACCUGCGCACCCACAACGGAGCGUCGCCCUACCAGUGUACCAUCUGCCAGGACUUCUGCCCCAGCCUGGCAGCCAUGCAGAAACACAUGAAGAGCCACAGACCCGAGGAUGUGCCCCCGGACUGGAGGAUAGAGAAGACCUACCUGUACGUAUGCUACGUCUGAGCAGGUCUUAGACACUAAGACACACUAUCCUAGGAGUGGACAGGUUUUUCAUCGUAUUCUUUCCUCUAAAGAAGAGUAAGUUGAUCAUUUCUGUGGUUUGAUUGGUUUUAUCACUGCGUAUGUGUUGAAGACUGAAAGACGACUGGUCAGGUUACCACAGCAGUGAAAGUGUUAUCUGUUAUUACAUCAAACCUGCGUAUGUGUUGAAGACUGAAAGACGACUGGUCAGGUUACCACAGCAGUGAAAGUGUUAUCUGUUAUUACAUCAAACCUGCGUAUGUGUUGAAGACUGAAAGACGACUGGUCAGGUUACCACAGCAGUGAAAGUGUUGCACUAGAAGGGAUAUUGAGUUCUAUCUGCUGUAACUGUGAUUGUGAGAUGUAGAACCCAACUUCUCUGGUAUAAUUUGCAAUACUAUACUACAUAGAUUGAUUGAGAUAAACAAUAAUUUCCUGGCUUAUUAUUUCCUGUUAUAGAUUUUUUUGGUUGUUGUUUGUUUUCUGCAUGUUUUACUUGAAUGUUGUCCAUAUGCUUGAUUUAAUUUGUGUCUUGUUUUUCAGUGCACAUAUUACGCAUAGGAUUUUCCUUACCUGUCAGUUAGUCUGUCUGCUCAUGCUGAUUGACAAGCAUUAAGGUGCAACAGGUUUUGAUAUUUAUGUUGUGCAUCGUUUUUGUUACCAAAUAGGUGUUGGUUAUUUUGACCCAACCUCAAGGCCGUUUAUUUUGUUAUUAGAAUAAGUGCUACCUCUUCAAUCUUCAACUUUUGCACAGAGGCAAUAGCACAUCUUAGAACUGGUGUUUUUCAUCGUGUUUUCAUCCAUCAUCUGUAGCUUUAACUUCAAAUGCCUUUUAUAUUGGCGAAGCGGCUUGAAAUGUUCUGAGAAUCAAUUCAUGGAAUUGAUUCGGAUGGUUGCCUGUUGGGUGGAAAAAAAGAUUUGAAAGUCUUUAAAGUGACUUUUAUGUGUAUCAUUUUUUAUAAGUUGAAUUAUAGCAGUCUGUUAAAUCACAGAAUUCGAUUUUUCUCUAAGUGAUGAAAAAGACAUAAUCUGAAUAAAAGUGUUGGCUUUUUUACUAAACGUGAAAAGAUUAUUCUGUAAAGUUAAAUGGCUAAAAGCAGGUUAUCGUCAGUUGUCUGUUGCUGUAAAUGUGAUUGUAUCUUAUUUCUAGACGAGAGCCAGAUGAGGGAUUCUCUGAUUUAAAGAUGUUGUAUUUUUGUAUUACAGUGAUCUGCAAUUUGUUUACAUUUGAUUUAGGAAACAUCUUUUCUUGUGUGUUUUGUAAGUCUCUGGAGUCUGAUUUGAGUAAGAGCCCUCCCUGUGCCUCUUUUAUAAAUGGAGAAUAGAUGUGCUGAAUACAUGAACACAGUACAUGUAUGUUGUAUUGAUCGUUGUUGUUCCUGGUUGUUUGUUUAUUGCUAGUGAAGAAAUGACUUUCACUGCCAUGCCGUAGUAGACCCUAUUGUCUAAACAUUGUAAUUUGAAGCAAGAUACUUCUAAUGACUAUGGUAUUAUAUGCCCCAGGCACCUCAUGCCUCAAAGCAACGAGUGAGAUUUUCUUUCAAAAUGUUCUGUCAUGUCAAAGGAAAAUUUGGAUUGUGAAUUCAUCAAAUGGGAAAAAUGCACAGACAACACAGAAUACAUAGUGGUAUUGUUAAUCAUCUUUAUAAAGCUAAACGUUGGGCAUAAUAUGGGUCUAACACCCAUACAUUUUACAUUCUAGAACAAACAGCCAGCACUCAGUGCCAUGAAAACUAUUAAAAGUAUCAACUCAGCUUCACUGUACUGCUUUCUAUUCUAUACUGAACAGAAAUAUAAACGCAACAUGCAACAAUUUGAAUGAUUUCACUGAGUUACAGGUCAUAGAAGGAAAUCAGUCAAAUACAUUCAUUGGGCCCUAAUCUAUGGAUUUCACAUUGCUGGUCAGGGGCGCAGCCAUGGGUGGGCCUGGGAAACCAUAGGCCCACCUACCUGGGAGCCAAGCCAAGACAACCAGAGGUUUUUCACCACAGAAGGGCUUUAUUACAGACAUAAAUACUCCUCAGUUUCAUCAGCUGUUCGGGUGGCUGGUCUCAGACGAUCCCGCAGGUGAAGAAGUCGAAUGUGGAGGUCCUGGGCUGGUGUGGUUACAUGUGGCCUACGGUUGUGAGGCCGUUUGGAAUUACUGCCAAAUUCUCUAAAACGAUGUUGGAGGCGGUUUAUGGUAGAGAAAUGAACAUCCAAUUCUCUGGCAACAGCUCUGGUGGACAUUCCUGCAGUCAGCAUGCCAAUUGCAUGCUCCCUCAAAACUUGAGACAUCUGUGGCAUUGUGUUGUGUGACUAAAUGGAACAUUUUAGAGUGGCCUUUUGUUGUCCCCAGCACAAGGUGUACCCGUGUAAUGAUCAUGCUAUAUAAUCAGCUUGUCGAUAUGCCACACCUGUCUAGUGGAUGGAUUAUCUUGGCCAAUAAGAAAUAUGUAAAUAACACGGAUGUAAAACUAUUUGUGCACAAAAUUUGAUAGAAAUAAGCUUUUUUGUGCAUAUGGAAAAUAGCUGGUGUCUUUAAUUUCACCUGAUGAAACAUGUACCAACACUUUACAUGUUGCAUUUAUAUUUUUGUUCAGUGUACAUACACAUGCACUAUAAGGAUCUUAGGAUUUCCGUGGUGGACCAAAACUAACAGAGCACUUUGAAAAAAAGCUUUUCUUUGAUCUUUCUAUGUUGUAACAAAACGGAAGUUGUAUUAUUUGGUGUGUGUACUAUAAGGAUGUGAUUAUCAUCAUUUAGGUAGAUAUUAUGUAAAUGUUUGUCUACCUCAGCACCAGUUCAGUCAGUGCUUGUCCUGGUGUCCAAUCAGGGUUGUUCUUCUUGCCAUGUGUGUUAAAUCCCUUUGCAUUACAGCUUUGUAACACUGUGUGUGCAAGUGUUUUCUCAGUGUGGUUUCAGGCACAGCUCUCUUUACGCAUCAGUGUUCUGUGGCAUGAUGAAAAAAAUAAUAAAACAAUUUUACAAUGCA